AAAGCUGUAGUCACUUGGCAGUGUUGACACAUCAGGAGCUGCUGCUGCACAGAUUCUCUAUGAUGGACGGAAAGUAACGUUUCAGAUCUAGUGUUACAGCGCUACAACCUUCACUUUAGUAGAAGAAGCCUUUUUUUAUAUAUUUACAUAUCUUAAGUUAUUGUCGUAAUGCCUGGGCUCGCCUGCCUCCCCGCUGCCCUGCUGUUCUUGCUCCUGUCCUGCUGCGGUCCUGCUCGGGGAUAUUUCGCCGAGGAGCGCUGGAGCCCCGAGUCUGGGCUGCUCGCUCCCCGGGUACUGCUCGCCCUCAUCUGCAGGAACUCCGAGCACUCUCUGCCUUAUUUCCUCGGGACGAUUGAACGCCUCAACUAUCCCAAGGAGCGUAUGGCUUUGUGGUAAGAAAUUUCCAGAAUGUUAAAAGUAAAGUUAACCUUUCUACUGCGAGCCUGGGUGGGAAAGUGUUUUAUUUCAACCUUAACUAUACAGAAGUUUUCCAACUAUUUUUUUUCUAUGCGGUGCAUGCCUGAUAGUCGGCUGAGGGUUGAAAAGAGUAAAAUUUGGGCGGACCCUUAGAGGAUGACGGGCUAAUACUCUUAUGAUUGAAGCCAAGCUGUAGUGAAGGUUAAGAUAUCUGCCUAGUUCCAACACUCAGCAGGACAACAUGGAGACAUAAGACUACUGUAAUAUUCAGCGAAACCCUGGACAAUAAUUGUUUUCGUUAGUGAGAUGAAGGUGAGUCCAUCAGGUCACUGUUCAUCAAGCAUUGAUCUGUAUACGUGGAUAAAAGGGGAGGGAUCAACCCUGAUGUGUCCACGGGGGGAGCUAUAUGGUUAACUUGUACUAAGACACAUUGUGGAGUCUGCAUGAAUGGCUUUUUUCCAACACAUUCAACUUUAGUCUCUCUGAGCCUGUAUCACCCACUGACAACCAGACCUGAUCAUCUACUAGUACAGUGAUUGGCUCUGAUAUGUUGCUCCACUAACAUGUCAUCUUCCUCAUGCCGUUAUUGGAUUGAUUCAUUGGCAUUAAGUAGGGGAGAGUGGGGUAAGAUGAGCCAUUUUUCAUAUUUUGGAUCACUACAUCAAGGCAAUCAUAGUUUUGUCUCUAACUAGUGUUCCUGCAUAUAUUUCAAAAUGUUGUUCAUCCCUGAAAACCAACAGAACGAGUGUAAACAUAACUGUCUUGAUAAUAUAGCAUGCCAAAAAAGUGGUUUCUUAUGGACCAUAGGAGCGGGGUAAGUUGAGCCGUAUUCCUACUACCCCCCCCCACUCUCCACCCCAGCCCUCCCUCACCUUCUCUCUCCCUAAAUAACAGUCACUUCUUCACAUUCAUGUGUAUUUCUUAUCUAUUAUACGCUAUUCAAUUUGUACGAUAAUUUUUAUUAUUACUGCAAAUAUCUGCUAAAAAGCUGUUUUGUAAAAAGUCAUUUUAACAUGAGAAUGUCUUUAAGUGAUUCAGAACAUUUUUGGAAAGAAAAAGUAAAACAUUUCAACAAUCUGAACUGAAACUCUGACCCUGUCAUCAGACUUCUUUACUUUCUCAGUUGAGCCACUGGCUCAAUUUACCCCAGAACUAGUAUUAUGACUUUAUUAGUCCUCUAAGCUAAAAUGGUGGAUUUUUAUGCUAGGUUUUUGACCUCAUGUUGUAGCUCAUAGAUACCACAAUUGAUGUAUAAAACAAAUUUAAAAUGAUCUUUUUUGGUCUGAACACAAUUCUAAUCAAACUUAUGACAGAAUAAAUUCACUUUCAAGAGUGACUGUGUUUCUUUUUUUGGAAAUAUAAGUCUAACCCCUUCACCCAUGUGCUUCUAACCUUCACAGGCUCUGAUUGAUGCCCAUCCCUUAAAUAUUUGGUCACAUGAUCAAUUUCUUUUACCAUUUCCAAGCAACAGGGGGUGGCUCAACUUACCCCACUCUCCCCGAUAGAAGGGGUGUAGAAACUGUAUUCUGAAAAAGUUUUGUCCAAAUAACACCUAACUUUUAGUCAGUUCCUAGAUUUUUUUUUUUUUGCCAAAUACAUUGAAAAAAACAACAACAGGACAAUUUGUAUUUUUAUUUUUUGAUAACCUCGAUGCAUGGACUUGAACCUAGUGUUGUAAAGUUAUAUAACUCACUAAACAUAUGUUUGUGUAGGUCAUUUCACAGACCCAACAAAGUCACACCCUAUCUAUCACUGAGACUAACUUAAGUUCUCAAGGCAGUUAUCCAGUGGGAAGCGCAAAUGGAUGUUAUAGGCCAUUUAAACAUCUGUCUGCCGUGCCCAGGCAGAAGUCAAGGGAAGUGAAAGGGAGGUGUUUCUGACAUAAUAACUAAACAACAUGCUGCAACAGCCCCUCUUGCAUACAGCCUGGGUGCUCUGAGCAGUUUGUGCGACUGCCUGGAGGGCUGAAAAGGUAUGCUCUUCACUCACCACCACCAUAAACAACCUUCACUUUAUUCGAGGGCUGUAGAGGAGUGAAAGGAGUGAGGCGGCCUGAUUUCUCCUUUUUUCAGUAGGUGGUCUUUAAAGUCUUCUGUUAAUGUGGUUAAGAAAAGCACAGUUUUGUUUUGACAUGUUUUGCAAGCAUAUUAAACCACAUCUGGAAAAUGCAAACGCAAUUUCCAUGCUGUAAACAGUAACACUACAUACUGUAAGCUUUUUGUUAGUGCUUGCCAAAGCCUCAGGAUCUGAAAGUGCCACCAGACGGUCAUUUAAACCUUUGAUAUAUGCAAUUAGGACUGCGUUGGUGCUCCACAAGUACCCCAGGUGCAAGUCAGACGCCUAUUGCGGAUGUAUGUAAAGAGCACCAGUAUCCCUUGGUUUCAAAUCAGUGCUUUUAACAAAUAUUUAUCAGAGCUAAACAUGAGGCAGACGCCGCAGUGUAAUUCAAAGUCAGAGAAUUUGGAAGGACGGACAGCAGGAGUGAGGGGUGGAAAGGUUUAGCGAGGAGCUGCAGUGUUCUCACAGAGCUGUGUGAAAUCUGUCAUGAAAACCCUGCUUGGCUGCAGUCCCAAACAAAGUAUGGUCUCAGCUGACUUAUGUGCAGCUGUUGCUUUUUGCAGAAAAGACUGCUGGCCUACAAUGAACAGCAUGACUAAAAAAAAAAACAAAAGCUGUGAAGUUUUUGCUGUGGCAGGAUUUCUGCCUUUCAUAGUAGAGAAUCAGGCAGACACACUAAUGCUGAGAUUUCCUGCAAAGCCAGAAUGAAUUUGUUUUCCAGAUUUUAUUUGUCUCUCAUAUGGUGUCAACAUGUGUGAGUGACUCAAGUUAUCGCAGACUUAAGUUUCUCCUGCUCACCUGUUUUUUAAAUAAAGCAUACAAGCUUAUCUAAUUAGAAAAAUCUUUAAUUUCUUUUAAAUUGCAUCAACUUGAUGUUAAGCUCUUUUUGUCCUGUGAUUUUGGUGUCAUUUACACUUGUGCGAGUUCUCACAGCUGCAGACAAUGUGCCUACAAAAAGUGAACACAAGGCUAUUGUUAUGUGAGUUGUGGUUUCAUAUUUCACCUCAUGUCUCAGCUUGAACCCGGUUUUUGCGCUUGUGCUCCACUUAACCGUUCAGUGUUAUUUUCCCCUCAUUGACCCCAGUUUGUGAUCACAUUCAGCCUCUCUUAUGUUGAAUACAGUUCGCUCUAAUCAUUUACAUUUGUUGCACAUUGACAGGGUUGCAACUGAUCAUAACAAGGACAACACCACGGCCAUUCUGCGUGACUGGCUCGUCAAAGUGCAAAAUCUUUACCAUUAUGUGGAGUGGAGGCCGAAAGAGGAGCCCAGGUUGGUCCCGUUUGAGUUUGUUUUUUUCCUUUAAGUGUUUACAGAGAUGAGAAAUUAACUCUAAUUAGUAUCCGCUGUCUCUUGUAGCCAUUAUGAAAAGGAAGAAGGUCCAAAGCAUUGGUCAGACGAGCGUUACGAGCAUGUUAUGAAGCUUCGGCAAGUAGCCCUGGAAUCAGCGCGUGAGAUGUGGGCUGACUACUUCAUGGUAGGACAUCGAUACAAAACUUUAAAGACACAAAAGAAAGCAAACCAACAUGUAUUUUUUCCAACUGAAAGCAUGGAGCCAGUGCAUGUGAUCUCACUAGUCUUAAUGUUCAAUUAUAGCAGCAGGAGGUAUGCACCAAAGUGACUCCAAAGCACAACCACAAUUGUAAUUUAGACUUCAGGAAGAGUGUUGAAAAAAGACACAGCGCUGUUUUUCUGUCUUUUAUGGUUAAAGCUUAUCUGCUGUUUCUUUUCUUACUGACUCUGGAUCCUUACACUGACACAAAGCUCGAGUUUCCAUGAGUCUUAUUUUACAAGCAGCUCUGAGCACAUUUCUAUUUCUAUUCCUAUUCCCCAGUCCAGCCCUCAUUGUCUCGUUCCAGUGGGGUGUAAUUUUAAAGUAAAGUACAUCCAGCAUUGCAAUAAUUUAGUGUAAAAAAGAUUUUGGAAAGUGCUCCAGGUUUCUUCCAUAAAAAAAGAACUGAAAUAAAUGUUUGUGGGUUCUUUUCUUUCUCAGUUUCUUUUCUCAUGGCCUGUUUAGAAUUUUUACUGUAGACUCUUUUGCCUGUUUCUGCCUCACAAACUUUUUUUGUCAUCCCCAAAUAUUUAUAUUGUUUAUCUCCUCUCUUUUGUGUAGUUGGCGGACUGUGAUAACCUCCUCACCAACCCCAAUGUGCUCUGGAAGCUCAUGAAAGAGAACAAGACUAUCAUCGCGCCAAUGCUUGAAUCCCGUGCUGCCUAUUCCAACUUUUGGUGCGGUAUGACCUCCCAGGUACUGUGCCGAUAAUUUGCUUUAUAUGAUUAUUUAGGAUGACUGUUUGAAAAUGUUCAAGCCUUUUUGACUUAUAAAAGCAAACAACCCUAUCAGCAGCAAGAUUGAUCAUUUCUAUAUUGUUAAUUUUUACAUUUUGCACAGGAAAUACUCAAAGUGAGCGAUAAAAAUAAUAAUAAUAAGUUUAUUUUUACAGCACUUUUUAAAAACAGAAGUUUCCAUGUGCUUUGACAAUUAGUCAUAAAGCACUUGGAAAAAGACAAGUAAAAACAAAAAGCGCAGUUAAAACGGCAUUGAAGGCCAUUUUAAUACAUCUUAAGGAAACCAGACAAUACAAGAACUAUGCAACAUAAAAUGAGACCAUGAGGAGCAAAAUAAAAACAUAAAAUAGGUAAGAAAAAGAAAAUACCAUAAAAAGGGGGGUUGAAAGCUGAAAACAGGAUAGUAAAUAUAAAAGACAAUAUCAGUAAUGAUGAUAAAAUAAUAACAAAGUAAUACUGAUAAUACUAGUAAUGAUGAAAUAGAGCAACAGAAAUGAGCACGAGAUAAAAUGAUAAAAGGCCAAAAGGUUAAUUAAGGAAAGAGUAUAAGUAUAACAAAAGCUAAAAAGACAGGAAAGCCAAAAUAAGAUGGAGGUAAAAGAGAUAAAAGAUAAAAGACGGCAUCAGAUAAAAGCAAAUCUGACUUAAAUUUAAAAAUCUGACUUAAAAGAAGCGACUGUCUCUGCACGCUUUAUUUCCUCUGGCAGGUCAUACCAAAGUCGAGGAGCUCUGAUGGAGAAAGCUCUGUCACCUUUGGUUUUGAGCCUCGACUUUGGAACAACCAGGAGGCCAUCGCCAGAGGAUCUGAAGCAGGGAGUUGGCUCAUAAGAUAGUAAAAGCUCUGAAAUGUACCUUGGAAUAAGUCCCUUAAGAGCCUUGAUACAUUUCAGUGAUUUAAAAUGAUUGUUUUGCCCAAAAACACUAAAAUAGAAAAGAGGUUUUACUGUGUCCACUGGAGGGGCGGACAAAAGUUCCUUACAAGGGCUUUAAGUUUAAGAAUUAUGUUAAAAACUCUCCAACCCUUUUCUUCUACAGGGCUAUUACAAGCGCACCCCAGCCUACAUCCCCAUGAGGAAGCAGAUAAGGAAGGGCUGUUUUGCAGUCCCCAUGGUUCACUCCACCUUCCUUAUAGACCUCAGGAAAGAAGCAUCCAGACAGCUGGCCUUUCACCCCCCACAUCCAGAGUACAGCUGGGCUUUUGACGACAUUAUUGUCUUUGCGUACUCUGCUCGGAUGGCAGGUAUUUAGCAUUUCAGAGCUAAAUGCAAAGAUUUUAAAUGUUUGUUGUUGAAUCAAAAGUGUUUGUAUCCUCUGCUCCCUAUAGAUGUACAAAUGUUUGUAUGUAACAAAGAGACCUAUGGUUACUUCCCGGUGCCUCUGCGAUCCCACAAUACUUUACAAGAUGAAGCUGACAGUUUCAUGCACUCACUGCUGGAGGUUAACGGUGAGUGGCCUGCAUUCUUUCUUUUGCUCCUAGCUGCUUUUUUUCCCCCUCUGGCUUGAAGUCUUUAUUCUACUCACAGCUCCUUUUGUUCUGCUCUAACAAUUACCACAGUGAGCAUGGGGGCUCUGUUUAUCACUCAUACCAUUUCUGCAUCCAUCUUCCCUCUCAUUAUGUAGCGCGCAAUCCCCCCGUGAUGCCCUCCAAAUACAUACGUGUCCGUAGAAAACGUCCUGAUAAACUGGGCUUUGAUGAGGUGAGUAAGAGUGAAGUGAAGAUGGAGUGUGCAAAAAUGGCCUUCUAUCUCUUCUUCUAUGCAUAAUGCCUCCCCCUGCUGUCAGAAAAUUGUAAUUACACUGAUGGGCCACACUGUUGCCUAUAUGCAGGUGUUCAUGAUAAACCUGCAGAGGCGGACUGACCGCCGUGACCGAAUGCUGAGGGCGUUGUACGAGCAGGAGAUUGCAUGUAAGGUCUUUGCAGCUGUAGAUGGAAAGUAAGUAAACUGGAUUCAACAACUCCAUUACUCUUGUUUUGAACUCUUUCAUCAUGUUGAACAUCAUGUACUGUUCUGUUUUAAUCCAUUGCAGAGCGAUGAAUACCAGUGAAAUUCAUGCUCUGGGCAUCCACAUGCUCCCUGGAUACAGUGACCCGUAUCAUGGUCGCCCACUGACAAAAGGGGAGCUGGGAUGCUUCCUUUCCCACUAUAAUAUCUGGAAAGAGGUGAGCGCUAGCGACAUAUAUUUAAAGGGUUAUUCCGGCGUAAAAUUAAUUUAAGGUCAAACACACGUAACACCUCGUCGAGAGAUGAAUGUUGCCGACAGCUUGCUUCUCCAGUUAUAUCAACUUUAGUAACGACUGCAGGGUAGCAAAACACAGCGGUCUGAGGAGCCAUAAACAAAUGUCAACCAAAACGCCACUCUAUAGCCUCAAAUAAUGCUCAGAACAGCACCUAACUUCAUCAACAGUACAUAUAGGGUCCACGCCAUAGUACUAGCCACCAAACAUCUUUUUAACUUUAGCAAAGAGACUAAACACAACUCACCUACCCUCUUCCAGCAGCCACUUGUUUGUAGCAAGACCUCAGACCAGUCCAUUACAAACUACAGCGGGGUGACGCAGCUCAAGGAAGAACAUUUAUGAUCAUUUCUUCAUGGAAAUCAGACUGAGAUGCCAAGGCAGAAGAACUUCCGCAUCUGCAGUGCAAAAUGAUUAAUAUGGUGAUUAUUACUUCAAGGAAAUGAUAAAGUAAUGCUAAUAGCAGAGAGUGGGUGAGUUGUAUUUAUUCUCUCUGCUAAAGAAAUUGGGUAAAAUUAAAAAAAACGUUUGGUGGCUAGUGCUGUGGCUGGGACCCUGUAUGUACUGUUGAUGAAGUGAGGUGCAUUAUUUGUGGCUAUAGAGUGGCGUUUUGGUUAAGCACGUGGCUCUUUGUAUUGCUAUUGUGCGGUCGUUACUAAAGUUGGUAUAACUAGAGAAGUAAGCGGUUUGACCCUAACUUAAUAUUACCCUGGAAUAUCCCUUUGAACCUUUAUUCUUCCAAUUAUUUUUGCUUCUUAUUGAUCAAUCCAUUUAUUACCCUAGAUUGUGAAGCGGCGUCUGAAGACCACCCUGGUGAUCGAAGACGACCUGCGCUUUGAGGUCUUCUUCAAACGUCGCCUGAUGAAUUUGAUGAGUGAGGUGGAGGAAGAAGGACUAGACUGGGAUCUAAUGUGAGUUUGUGUUCAACCUGUCAGUGAGUUUUUGUGCUGUGAAAUAUCCUCUUAUUGUUCCUUUUAAUCUAUUUUUCGCAGCUAUAUCGGUCGCAAGAGAAUGCAGGUGGAUCACCCAGAGAAGGCAGUGCCUCAUAUUCACAAUUUAGUGGAAGCUGACUAUUCAUAUUGGACGCUAGGCUAUAUGAUCUCAUUACAAGGUGCUAAGAAGCUCUUGAAAGCAGAACCGCUUAAAAGGAUUUUGCCAGUUGAUGAGUUUCUCCCUAUCAUGUAUGACAAACAUCCUGUGUAAGUAUUUGUAUCGUACCUAUAUUAACAUUUAGUUCAGCUGAGGUGGUUUGCAAUUUUCUGAUUGUCAUGACUUUACUGUUUCCUCCACAGAUCCGAUUAUAUGGAUCAGUUUGAAACCAGAGACCUGAAGGCUUUCUCAGCAGAGCCCCUCCUCGUUUAUCCAACGCACUACACGGGCGACAAAGGCUACAUCAGCGACACGGAGACCUCCACCGUGUGGGACAAUGACAAGGUCCGCACAGACUGGGACAGAGCACGCUCAGGAAAAACUCGCGAGCAGGCCGAGAUCAGCUCUGAGGCGCAGAACUCAGACGUGCUCCAGUCACCUCUGGACAGUACAGCACGAGACGAGCUAUGAAAGGAACUGAAAGAGAGUCAUGCAAAGUGUUAGAAGAGCGAAUAGGACAAACACCUUUAGUUUUUAAUCGUGUCUCAUCUUUAAAACUUUGGAUCUUGCGAUAACGUGGAAUCAGAUUUUAGGGAAACACUUCAUUUCUCAAAGUGUGAGACGUGUAAAAAGGAUCCCUUCAUUUCCCACGUUGUCAAUCUGUAUUUUAAUGAAGGCACUAGACUUGCCAUUUGGAAUGGCAUUUGCAGUACCCAUCUUCUGUCUGUCAUACAGAAAUUAACUUUCACAUUAGCAAAAAACGCAAUCAGGCUAUUCGGCAGUAACUUAAUGCCACAGUGACAGUGAUGUACACUUCAGAGACUUUCUAUUGUUGAAAGUCUGUUUGGAGAAACAUCAGCAUGUCAUUUGCUUUAAUCCUCCUUAUUUUACUUUUUAUGACUUCUUUUUUUUUCAGUUUUAAAUAAGGAUAAGCCAUCACUAAAGGUGCCGGAGCAGUGCUUUACCCAAGCUCUGCAGAAACACACAAACAAUCGUUGCAGUCGAGCCCAAAGUCAGACUUUUGUAGAGUAUAAAAAGUCCAAUUCUGCGUCUCCGUCUCCCUUAUUGCCAGUUCUGGAUUGUUUCCAGACUUGUGCCGCCAGACCAGCUGUUGACAUGAUCACAGAAACCACCGUACACGCCUCUAGCUUGAUGGUGUGGGAGGAACAUUGUUAUAAAAAGAACCAAACUCAGCCACAUCUGAGCCCACUCCAGAGUCUCCACGUCUUAAUGAUACUUUUCGGGAUCAGAAUUCAAGCUGAGCCCCCAGGAAGUAGAUUUUUAUGGGGUAACAAUGGUAACUGUUUGAAUGUGGAUUGUGCACAGACAUGUUAGAAGUGCAUUCUGCAAAUAAGAAAUAAAUUUUUCUAUUUUUUAAAAAGCUGAA